AUGGCAUCUGCACCAGCAAGCUAUGGGCUUUCUGCAACUAAAUCUAAAGGGCUGCUCUCCAGAGUCAUGAAUACGGGGUCACAGUUUGUCAUGGAGGGGGUGAAAAACUUGGUUUUAAAGCAGCAGAACCUGCCAGUCACACGAGUUCUUGAUAGCCUAAUGGAGGUGAAAUCAAACCCGGAAACAGAUGACUACAGAUAUUUCGAUCCCAAGAUGUUGCGUGGAAAUGACAGUUCUGUACCAAGGAACAAGAACCCCUUUCAAGAGGCCAUUGUGUUUGUUGUUGGAGGAGGAAACUAUAUUGAGUAUCAGAAUUUAGUAGACUAUAUAAAGACCAAACAAGGAAAGCACAUCCUUUAUGGCUGUACAGAGCUUUUUUAAUGCUUCACAGUUUGUUAAACAGUUGUCUCAGCUUGGACAGAAGUAA